AAAAGAAAAUCCAGAGAAUUCCAGCCUGGCAAAUAUAGUGAAACAGCACGAUCAGAGUUCAUUCGCUCUAGAAGAGCAGAGAAGAGAGAGGAGGUUAAACUGAGCAAAGGGAGAAAGGUCUGUAGCUCUUUUCCCGAUAGGAGCAGUGUCUCAGAGGUAAAAUGAUUCCUCCGAGCAGCGCGACUGAAGUCAGCGUGGACAGUGUGGAGAAGGAGCACGAAGUGGAGAGCACAGAGCAGCCCCCCUCUCCGGCGUCAACCACCAGCCAGGAAUCAAAGCUGCAGAAACUGAAACGAUCCCUCUCCUUCAAGACCAAAAGCUUGCGGAGUAAAAGUGCAGACAACUUCUUCCAGAGGACUAAUAGCGAUGUCAAACUGCAAGUGGACUUGAUGCCGGAGGUGAGCACAAGCACUGGCCAGCUCCCCAGCUCCGAGAGCCAGGCAUCCUCCCCCGCAAAAGCCCAACAGCUGCCGGAAAACAACAAGGCUCAUAUCUUCCAGGAGCAUAUCUUCAAAAAACCCACCUUCUGUGAUGUCUGCAACCACAUGAUUGUUGGGACAACCGCGAAGCAUGGGCUGCGCUGCAAGGCUUGCAAGAUGAGCAUCCACCACAAGUGCGCCGACAGUAUUGGACAGCAGCGCUGCAUGGGCAAGCUGCCGAAGGGAUUUCGACGGUACUACAGCUCGCCACUACUCAUUCACGAACAGUUUGGCUGCAUCAAAGAAGUGAUGCCUAUUGCCUGUGGCAAUAAGGUUGACCCUGUCUACGAAACUCUCCGCUUUGGGACUUCCUUAGCUCAGAAAACCAAGAAGAGCAGCUCUGGAAGUGGAUCUGAUUCUCCUAACAGGAACUCUACUUCCGACCUGGCAGAAGUUCCUGAAGAAGCUGAUAGCUCUGGAGGCACUCUUGACAUCAACAGGAAACGGAGCAACAGUGUGUUUACAUACUCUGAAAACGGCACAGAACACUUUGGAGAAGAACCAAAGAGAAUACAUUCCCCGGGACCAUUUUAUAAAAACACAUUACAAAUGAACACCUAUGUUGCCUUGUACAAAUUUGUACCACAAGAAAAUGAAGACUUGGAAAUGAGGCCAGGGGAUAUGAUCACUCUUCUGGAAGACUCCAACGAAGACUGGUGGAAGGGCAGAAUUGAAGACAGAACUGGAUUUUUUCCUGCUAACUUUGUCCAAAGAGUGCAACAUGAUGAAAAGAUCUACAGGUGUAUCAGGACGUUCAUUGGAUGCAAGGAACAGGGACAGAUAACUCUGAAAGAGAAUCAAAUCUGCGUGACUUCGGAAAAGGAACACAACGGCUUCAUCAAAGUAUACAGCGGGAAGAAGAAAGGCUUUGUCCCCAUAGACGUCUUAGAAAACAUCUGAUUUCAACAGCCCGCUUGCUGCAGUAGGAGCCCUUUGUUGGCAAUGCCUGUCUGCCUCAUCUCACACUGUGUCAACCCAGAUGGGCUGUCUUGCAGAUGUUCAGGGAAUAGCAAGAAAACUGCAACUACAAGAAGAAAAAAAAGACAUUUAGACUGUAACUGCAAUGCUAAGAAACACAAAAGGUGGACUGAUUGAAAGGAAAUAUAGUCAGAAACCACUGGGGAAAGGAGAGGCCCUUGGAAAGUAAUAGGAGUAGGGUAAGAGAAGGAAAAAAAAAGUCUGGACUGAUUUCUGAUGCAAGACAGCUAUUACGACCCUGAUGGAGACAGACAGCUGUUCUGAAGGACUAAACUCACAUCCUGUUCUCAUGUCUUAGAAAACUAUUGGACUGCUUUCUUGUUUGAAGUGUUUUGGGGAGGGGGUAUUCGGGAGGGGAGGGAAAUACUGUUUAAACUGUCUUUGUACUACAGUCCAAUGCUUGUAGCAAAGUGCAGCUGUGGUCCUACGGUUUUGUCCCCAGUACCAGCCGAUCAGCCGAAGCGUUUUAUCCUGGUGUUUAGUCUCAUAACACAGCAGUUUGGAGACGCCGUGUUAACGUCGGUCUGCAGCGUGCACUGUGCCCUGCCAGUCGGCAGCUUUCUCUCUCUGCAUCACCUUGCCGUUCGGAAGAGCAGCGAACGUCUGUGUCCUUUGUUUUCUCUGUAUGCGAACAAAAGGUCUCCACGUAUGUUGGGUGUGAUGGCUGCUCAAAGAAACAGCCAUCUUCCUACGCAGAAGCCCGCUUGGACACGUCCCUCUGUGUUCCCUGCUCCUUUAUCUGAUGACAGAGGAAAUGGGAGAAGUAGUUUGUGAGAGCCACCGGCUUGAAACAUUUUCUAUUUUUCUGUGUUUAUUGCACUUAAAAGAUUUUAUAUAUUGAUCCUAUUUAUAAAAAAACACGUGGUUAACACUCCUCCCCUCCCCAGACUGGAAGCACUAGGAAAGGACAGACUAUUCAUAGAAGUGAAGUCUGUAACUAUCGAAAUCCAGAAUUUGCAACUGAAAGGCACUGGGUAUCUUAACAUUGUAUUGACACACCAAAGUCUUUUUCUUCUUUUGCUAAACAGGAGUUUCGCAGAUUCUGCAGUAAAUACAUUGAUGUGAGGUCCUCCUUGGCUUGUACUGCUGUGAGCCUUCCCUCAGUCCUCUCUGUCCCACCGAGACUGCACAGGGAGGUCUGUCUUGUCGAUGGUCCAUCGCAUGCAGGCAUCCACCUUCAAAUAUAUUUGGGGUACACAAACUUUUUGGUACCUGCAGAGCAGCCCAUGGGAUCUGUGGAGCCUGGCCAAUGUACACAGGUCAGCCAGCACCAAUCCUGUUGUAGGUCUGGGAUCUUACGAUGUUUAAAGAUAAGGAACCUAACUGCCAAGUAUUUAAUUGGAUGUAAUUGGAUCAAAUAUACUUAAGUAGCUUAUCAUGUAUUAUGACAUGGAGUUUAAGUCCUAUCCCAAAACUCCUUGCUGAAUUCAUGCCUUAUUUGACCAGCUUGAGACCAAAUCCCAGUCUUUAACACUACUGGAUCUGGCUUACACUUACUGCUUACACUUUUACAUCCAUACAGUGAGGUAGUUUGAAUCUGUGUUGCAAAGCCCAGGUCGAUAGGUGGGUUGCCCUAUUAGAAUAGCAGAUCUUGUGCAAAGCCUUAAGGAAGCUAGUGCAACUCUCUACAUGGUCAGAGGCUGACACGACAGAUCAGUUUGUGAGCUCUCAGAGAUGCAUUUUGCAGCUCUUAUUAUCGUUUAAUUGCAGAGGAGGAAGUUGCAGGGGUGUCAACUGCUGAAACCUGGUCCUUCAUAGUGAAAGUGGUCUGUAUCAAUCAUUAACGUCCUCCUGGCCGAUCCAAAGCAUCUGAUUUCAUAUCUUCAUCUACGGGAAUAUGAGCAAUUUACAAAUGGCUUUUUUUUUUCCCCCAUGAAAACAAUGAACUUCUGCUCAGCUCAUUUUCCUAAGUAGCUAGUAAACUCAGUGGGAGGACAGAGGAUUCUGAUAAGCCUUAAAGAUCAAGAGAAAAAGCAGCAGAGGCAUGUUAAUCCACCCUGCUUUAUAAGAUUUUUUAUAUAUAUUCACCAGUUCAAAGAAAAAUCUCAAGCAUUUGUUAAAACUAAAAUAUUUUCUAAUUUUGAUCAGGCCUAUCAGGCCUUUCCUGUGGGCAAAGGAAAUGUGUAUUAAUAUAUACAUAUGUGCUACUGUUUACAUGAUUGCAUCAUACUGUGAUUCCCUCCUAUUUCAGUCCUCCAUGAUUUCAAUUUAUCCCUACAAUGUGCAUCAUACUAUUCAAAGAAUAAUAUGAAUAUUACCUACAACUCACAAUGGCCUUUAAUCAAUGUCAGUUUGAUUCCUUUUGAUACUGAGCAAUAAAUAAUAAAGUG